AUGAGUAGCCACAAUCAAUUACCAUCAGACAACAUCCCUGAUACACCAGGACGUUAUUACGGUCGUCGUACUGAUAUGCUCUCAUCUCAAAUCGAACCUAGUUCUCCUGGAUUCUAUGCUCGCACACCUGGCUCACCGUCAGCUCGUAACAGACACAGACGCUCUGAACUAUCAUCUACAUUGCUAGGCGAUGAUAUUGGAGCUACCUCGCCCUUAGCCUACCCCUCUACUCCAUUGCGUUCAAGCUACGACUCACCUCGCACUCCUCGUAGCAAUGCUACUUAUCAGCGCAAUACACCCUUUGUGCCCAACACACCUGGUGCUCGUCCCUUAUCUUCAUUGCAAAACAUGGACACGCAAGAAAGCGACCCUUCUCUCUCUGUUAGACUCAUUUGGGGUACUACUGUCAAUAUCCAUGAAGCCAUGACCAGCUUCCGUAACUUUCUCAACAAUUUUACUCUGGCUCACCGUAAACGCAAGGAUUUCGAAGCUAUUACUGACGAGGACCAUCGACCCUUUUACCAAUUACUUUUGCAACACGUUUACGAAACAAACAGCACCAAUGUUAACUUGGAUUGCCGCAAUUUAAGAGCUUAUAACGACACACGCAAACUGUAUGAUCAACUCGUCAAGUAUCCUCAAGAAAUUAUCCCAUUGAUGGAUCACACCAUCACUGAAUUCUACAUGGGCUUGUUUCCCGACGUUGAUUUCGGUAGACUUCAAUUGAAGAUUCGUCCCUACAACUUGGAAGACAGUGUGAAUAUGAGAGAAUUGGACCCUCAAAAUGUCGAUCAGCUGAUCACCAUCAAGGGCUUGAUGAUUCGUGCUUCACCCAUCAUUCCAGACAUGAAGGAGGCCUUUUUCCGUUGUUUGAUCUGUGAUUACACUGUUACAGUCAAUGUGGACCGUGGAAGAAUUCUGGAACCCACGCGUUGUGGCAGAGAGUCCUGUGAUUCACAAAACUCAAUGACUUUGGUACACAACCGUUGUCUGUUCUCUGACAAGCAAGUAGCUAGAAUCCAAGAGACACCAGAUGUGGUUCCUGAUGGCCAAACACCUCAGACAGUGACCAUGUGCUUGUAUGACGAUUUGGUGGAUGUUGGUAAGCCAGGUGACAGAUUGGAGGUAACAGGUAUCUUCCGUGGUGUUCCUGUCAGAGUCAACCCCAAGCAAAGAACCAUUCGUUCUCUCUUUAGAACGUAUUUGGACGUGGUUCAUAUCAAGCGCACAGACAAGAAGCGUAUGCAAAUCGACAAGAGUUUCCGUUCUGAAUUUGGCGCUGAAGUUUAUGAGGAAAGUGAUGAAAUUCAAGUCGUCUCCAACAAUGACGAGCAAGAAAUUCUGGCUCUGAGUCGACGCAACAACUUGUACGACUGUUUAGCUCGAUCACUGGCACCUAGUAUCUACGAGUUGGAUGAUGUCAAGAAGGGUAUUUUGCUGCAAUUGUUUGGUGGUGCUCACAAGACGUUCAAAAAGUCAGGUGCUCCUCAUUUCAGAGGUGAUAUCAAUGUGUUGCUGGUGGGUGAUCCAGGUACCAGUAAAUCUCAACUGCUUCAAUAUGUACACAAAAUUGCACCCCGUGGUGUCUACACAUCUGGUAAGGGCUCCUCUGCAGUUGGUUUAACAGCCUACAUUACAAGAGACCCUGAUUCUCGUCAAUUGGUAUUGGAGAGUGGUGCACUUGUACUCAGUGAUGGCGGUAUUUGCUGUAUCGAUGAGUUUGAUAAGAUGUCUGACGCUACACGAUCUGUGUUGCAUGAAGUGAUGGAACAGCAGACUAUUUCGGUGGCUAAGGCUGGCAUCAUUACGACACUCAAUGCCAGAACCUCCAUCUGUGCUUCAGCCAAUCCUAUCGGAUCAAGAUGGAACAAAAACUUGUCUGUGCCCGCUAAUCUCGAUUUACCGCCACCCCUUUUGUCUAGAUUCGAUUUGCUCUAUUUAAUUCUGGAUCGUGUUGAUGAGGAUUCGGAUCGUCGUCUCGCCAAACACUUGGUCGCCUUGUACAUGGAAGACAACCCAUUGACAGGCGGUAGUGACAUUGUCAGUGUAGAGUUGCUGACGAAAUACAUUACUUACGCAAGAGAAAAGGUGCAACCCGUGUUGAGUGAAGAAGCAGGAUCUCGGUUAGUGGAUCAUUAUGUCGAGCUUCGUAGACAAGGCCAAGAUCGCGGUGGAUCUGAAAAGCGUGUUACAGCAACUACGCGUCAAUUGGAGUCCAUGAUUCGUAUGUCCGAAGCACAUGCUAGAAUGAGAAUGUCUGCAACUGUGGAUGUGGAAGAUGUCAAUGAGGCAUCUCGACUCUUGCGUGAAGCCAUCAAGGAGUACGCAACUGAUCCAAAAACCGGCCGCAUUGAUAUGGAUCUCAUUUUAUCGGGCACAGCAUCACAUGAGCGCAACCUUCAAAACAGCAUCAAGGAAGCAUUACUCUCUAAAUUAUCAUCUUAUUCCAAUGGACGUGUUGAUUAUGCCAAGUUAUUCAAGGACUUUAAUGAGCAAAGCCAAGUGCCCGUGGAUAAUAAAACUUUUGAAGAAGUUCUCAAGUCGUUACAAGACCAAAAUGUUAUUAAUAUCUCUGGCGAGGGUCGUAAGCGUGCUAUCCGCAUUCUAACAGCGAGCGCAGAUGCUUAA